UAUUAUACGAGUAUAAAAUCAAUACAGUAACAUCGUAACGCCGACAACAUUAGUUUGGUUGAUUUGAAUUUUCCGUCGCUGUUUAUAGCUGAGUAAGCGAGUAUCUAGACAAUUCUACGCGUACUACCCCGUUGUGCGGAUACACUCCAUACGUUAAUACACUUAUUCGCAGCCGCCACCGCCGGUCCAAAUUCGAGUACGUCGACAUCUACGUAGGUACUUAGUAGAUACGAGUACAUCAUACUACAAACGGUGCGUUUCACUUUCAACAAAUCGAAGCGUUCAGAUUAUACAGACCGAUUGAUUCGCUCUUUCGCGUCGAGUGACAUGUUUUUGAAACGAUAAAAGCGUGAGAAAUACUUGCCAGCUAUUGAGGUAAAUGGGAUAUGAAAACGUCAUUUGCGAAUGUUGGCAAAAUUCAUGCGAUUCUGAUCGUUUUGUUCAGCUUAUACGAAAUUGCUGAAUGCAUCGAUUGUUACAAAUGCGUGUCGUUAAAUUGGCAAAAUAGUGCUUGCGACGACCCUUUUCACACUAAUUACACGUUGGGGAUUCUGGAAUCACCAUGUAUGGGAGGACGAAAAGGAAGAAAUGGCCUUUUUCCAGCCACAGCUUGCAUCAAACUCACUGGAAAAUAUUCUGAUAAUGGUGACCAUAUAACAGUACGGGGUUGCGCUUUGGAUAGUGGAACUUUAACCACCGAUACAGAAAUCAUACGGAUGUCACACUGCGGCGGUUUCUUUUUCGACGAUAGAUACGUUAGAGGAUGCUUACAAAGCUGCGACGAUGCUGACGGCUGCAAUACAGCGAAAAGCUCCAAAUACAUCGAUUAUGCUCUACUGAUUACAAUCAUGAGUGGCUGGUUUUCGUCGAUUAAUUUUUGACCGAUUUGGCGCGGUUAGAUACCUUCAUGUACCUAAUUACAUAAAAAAAUAAGUAAAUCGCGUUUCGUGCAACUACCUAUAAUAAUAAUUCGAAAUGCAAUUUUUGUUGUAAGUUAUUUCACCCAACUUAUAUCAUACUUACUCGAAUGAUUCUCUAUUUUUGACUUUUUAAACAUAUCAGUGUUAUCGCACGUGGACCAAAAAGCAAUAUUUUGUUGUUAUAAUUACUUAUUUGUUGUUAUUGUUAUCGUUGUUGUUGUUUAUAUCGUUGUAAUACGUAAUAUUAUUAUACCUAAAAGUAAUUUAAUUUACUUUGCGAACUCGUACAAACAUAUUACUCGAGUUAUACGAGUAUAAUGUCUCUCUCUCUGUAUGUUAAAAAUGUACUUAUACCUACAUAUGUAUUAUCGUUAGUAAAUUACAAAUUCUUUCUUCACCAUGCAGCGCAUUGCAUACCCUUAACUUACUUGUAAAAUGUGAGUGGGUAUUUCCGCAUACUUAUACCUGCCUAUCUCUAUCCAUCCGUUUACUUAUACUCCGUAAUAAUACAAGCACAUAAUACGUGUAGUCUAUCUAUGUAAAUUACAUACCUUUACCUAUGUAGGUAUUUGAGUAGUCACUCAUUACUUUAUACGUACUAUACUGUGAAUAACUUCAGAAGUUGUCUUUUUUUUUCUUUUUCAACAUCGUACAUAAUUUACGGAUUGGUAGCGUAAAUCGACGUAUUAUACUUAUAAGUACCUACUUACCACUAUACAAAUUUCACAAACCAAAUAAAACAUAACGAGCUUUCUUAUUCUCAAACAUUUUUACGUUAAUUUUAACUUUGUAUUACGCUCGUUUAGCUUGAAAAUUAUUAUCAUCGUAAGUAAGAAUGUUUAAUUUACUUAAUGUAAAAUUUGUUUGAU